AUGGACAUGAAAAAUGAGCUUGUCGUGAAUGACGACGCACUCAUGGAAGAUGAGGCUGUCAAUGACAAGGACGACGUGGCAGCCGAGGGACAGGAAAAGCCGUUGCGAGGAAAUGCUACCAGGCCAUCCAGUGAGAUUCUUGUCAUUAUUGUGAUCACAAUGGCUGGGUGUAUCUGGGUUUGA